AUGUCCACAACGUCCGUGAGUUCCAGCACGACGGUGACUUCCUCCACAAGUUUGAGUACAACCAGCGGGAGCUCCAGCACGACCGUGUCCACUACCACUGAGAGCUCAAGCACUACGGUGUCGACGACGACUGCGAGUUCUUCCACCACUGCGAGUACAACGAGUGAAAGCUCUAGCUCGACUCGUUCGACGACCACUGCCACUUCCAGCACGACCAGGUCCACAACUUCUGAGAGUUCUAGCACUACGAUGUCCACGACCUCUGGGAGUUCCAGCACCACUGCAUCAACAACGACUGCGAGUUCCAGCACUAGCGUGUCCACAACCAGUGAGAGCUCUAGCACUACCAUGUCCACAACUUCUGAGAGUUCCAGCACGACGGUGACUUCCUCCACAAGUUUGAGUACAACCAGCAGGAGCUCCAGCACGACCGUGUCCACUACCACUGAGAGCUCAAGCACUACGGUGUCGACGACGACUGCGAGUUCUUCCACCACUGCGAGUACAACGAGUGAAAGCUCUAGCUCGACUCGUUCGACGACCACUGCCAGUUCCAGCACGACCGGGUCCACAACUUCUGAGAGCUCUAGCACUACGAUGUCCACGACCUCUGGGAGUUCCAGCACCACUGCAUCAACAUCGACUGCGAGUUCCAGCACUAGCGUGUCCACAACCAGUGAGAGCUCUAGCACUACCAUGUCCACAACCUCCGUGAGUUCCAGCACGACGGUGACUUCCUCCACAAGUUUGAGUACAACCAGCGGGAGGCACUACCGUGUCCACUACCUCGGCAAGUUCCAGUACGACGGUCUCAACCGUGAGCUCUUCCACACUGCGAGUAUACACGAGUGA